GCUUCGACCUUGUCUCCCAUCUCAUCUCCUGAGCUUUCUCUUAUUUCCCUUCCCGGCGCCCUCCGCCUCUUGUCCAUCAGGUUCCUUGGUUUUAGUUGUCCCUCCUCUCUUGCCUGCUGGUCCUCCAGCUGUCUGGCACUCUGCCUUCCCUAGCUUUAUCCACCUGUGCGUCUCUUGUUCGACCCUCCAGGUGCGCACCCCUAGAGCUCUGCUGCGCGUGCGCCUUGAGCUCUUGGGAGGCAAGAUCGCGCAGUUGGAAAAACUUCAGCGGCUAGCUUUGCCGUGAGCAUCGCUUCCACGCCCCGCGACCGAGACGCGCGUGAGGCUGGGACAGGUGACUCUAGUUGGCGCGAUGGGCUGCUCCAGCAGCGCCCUCAACAAGGCGGGCGAGAGCAACAGGUUCGGCAGCGCAGUACCUUCAAAUGAGAAUUCUUCCGCUGCAGAGCAAAGCAAGUUCUGUGUGGCCCAACCCAAACCAUGUACACCAGGAAGAGAAGCUGCCUUCUAUGGCAAUGCGCAAAGGGAAAGCCAUCCUCCACCAGAGAGGCCCAAGGCCUCAGUGGUGCCUACAGCUAAUGGUGUUAAAUCCUACCACCAACAACCUCUGCCAAAUGACGAGGCCCCUGGAAAGGAUGCCAUAGAUGAGUUAGAACUCACAAAGAAGACUGAGCCUCUAGUGCAAGGGGAAGAGUGUGAGUUACUUCAGGCAGAAGGCAAAGACAUUACCCUAGGAGAUGAGGAAAUGAAGGAAGAUAUGGAAGCAAGGACUGAGUCCCAGUCUGUAAAAGGAAAUGCUGAGACUGAAUUUCUAGGAACAGAAGCCUUGAGACAGCCUCUGAAGACAUCAGCAGAGACAGACUCUGGAGCAGGGGAAGGCAGGGAGAUUCCACAGACUGGAAUGACAAAGCUAGAAACAGCUGAGAACAUUCUGCCUCUGGAAACAGCCAAGGAGCUUCCAUCUAAAGAAGCAAUGGGAAAUGAUGCACAAUCCCGGAUUCUAGGAGCAAUUCCCAAAGAGAACAACUCCCCAGAAACAGCGGAAGGGCAUCAGUUUGUGGAAAAAGCUGAACAAAAGGAACUUCAAGAGACCCUGAGAAAGGACAAGCAGUUCCAGCUUCUAGAAACAAUUCCUAAAGAGAACAACUUUGCAGAAAUAGUGGAAGGGAGUCAGACUGCAGAAAGCAGUAGAAAGCAGAAAUCUCAGGAAACACCAGGCAAAACUGAGCAGCCCCAAAUUCUGGAAACAGUUCUGAAACAGAAUGAAACGCCACAAAUACCAGACAGAAGCCAGCUUGUGCAGACACCUGUAAUGAACAAGUCACCCUGUGGACCUCUUGACGGUAUCGGAAAUGCCGGUAAAUCUCAACCUGGAGCAACAGGUGGAAGCAAGGAGCAGCUGGUGGGAACUGCAGAGACAGCAGCAAAUGUGGAAAUGGCUAGAGAAACUCACACUGAUAAAGAGGAGCAGCACAUUGAGGGUGAGACAGGAGAAAAGGUGGAAGCAGAGAUGAAAAAUGAGAAAGAAAGUGAAGAAGCUGAAACCGAAGAAAAGGAAACAGGAGAAGCUGUGGAUCUUGGAGCAGCAGGGGACAGCAAGAAAAGGGCUAGUGUGCACAGUGUUAUAGCAGGUCAGGAAAAUUUGAGGCUGUGAGGAUGGGUACCAUCUCUCUGGCUAUGUGGUUUAUGCAAGGAGUGUAGCUGUAGAUUGUAGGAACCAAGAGAAUGACACUAUUUUUUAUCAUGUUAUGCCACAAAACUGCUAAGCUAGACACACUUCUUUUUAGGCACUUAGGAUAAUUAUGCAUUUAAAGUGACAAUAACCAGAGCCAAUAAAAACUUUAAGAUCAUGGACAUGAAGGUGAUUUUCUUCCUUGUGGCCAUGGGACCAUUAAUAAGAUGAGACCCUAAAAGGAAAGUAUAAAUCUUUUCUUGUAGGUGGCUAGAGAGAGGAAUUAACACAUUUUCAGAAACUCAUGAUAAGAGAAUUAUUUAGUUAUCAUAAUGAUGGAAUAAUACCCACAGAACGAAGGAUGAACUACAUCUAAUAUUUUUGUCGUGUAAUAGAAAUUACUGAUGAGAACCGUAGGGAGUCUGUAACCUAAUUACCUUCUCUCCUGAAAUCUAUCUACUACUACAGAUCGCUGUGUACUAUGCUGUUCUAAACGUUAACAAACAUUUCCAGAGGAAUGCAAACUGGGGUGCUAUUGCAAGGUUUGUCGUUCCUCACGAUGGAAGUGUCCACAUUUUCCAUGUGCCAUUUUGAAUUGGCUAGUGAUUUUAUACUUAUGUGAGGUUUUUUCAGUUGCUGAUUUUUCCUUGUCUGUUUUACUUACUAACUGUAAACUAAUUUUAAAUUCCUAACUUUUAGUGCAUUUCUGAGGCAGUAACAAAUACCCAGCAAGGAUUAAGUCUUAGCUUCAGGGCAGUGGAGACAACUCAGCAGUUAAAGUGUUUGCUUCUAAGCAAAGAAUGAGAGUUGGAUCCUCAGCAAGAGCUCUGGGUGGGCAUGGAAGCUGCUUAUAAAUUCAGCCCAGAGGGCAGUGAUAGGGGUCCUCCAAGCAAGCUGGCUAGGGAGACUAGUCUCACUGGCAAGCUGUGGCUUUGAGUGACAGACUCUGCCUGUGAAGAAUACUGUGAAGGAGUGAUUGUGGAAUGUUUCUGAUAUCAACCUUGUCCUUCUACACACAAGUGUACACACAUUUCUCCAUACAUAUGUGAGCAUGCAUACAUGCACAGCACACAUGUAUGGGGAAAAAAGGUGAAAACCAAAACCAACCCCCCAACAAACAAAUAAGCAAACCCCCAAACACCCUAGCUUAGCUUUAUUGUUUAUGUGUAAUUUUCCUGAGCCUGUUUUAAGUGACUGCAAAUUAGCAUUAGGAUUUAGAUGUGGAAAAGCUAAGAAACCAAGAUUUUAAACGAAUCUAUGGAUCACAGAAAGUCAAUUUUUUUCAGAAUUCUUCCAACGCCGGCCAUGGAUUUUGCUGAUGAUUGUGUGAACCACAGUAUGGUAGUGACUUUGUUCUUUGUUAAGUGCUUUGUGUUUGUGAAUAUCAAGGUAGGCUUAUGGAACAUUUAUUACGAUAUAGGAGACUGUGAGUCUUCUUGAGAUCUGGCACUGUAAGACCUGGGGUCUCACAGCUCAGGAGUUCAAGAUCGAGCUCUUCCCAGAAACUCCCCCAGACCAAGACUUGUUGCAAAAGCAAGAGGUUUAUUAACCAUUGCACAAUGGGGUCACCCCUGCCGGUCAGCAAAGAGUGGCACCUGGAGAUAAAGGCCUUUAGGGUUUUAAAAGAAAAAUUUGAAGUUGCAGUUUUGGCAAUUUAGGAUUGGAUGAGGAAGCUAUAAAGUAAGAUAAUUGGUUAGUCUUAAGUGCUCAAGCUUGGCCAGUCCUGCCAAGUGUGGAUGCAGCUGCAAUUUAAGGUGGGGGCAGUUAGCUCAUCCUUGAAGAUUAGGGGCUGUGGACUUUUGGCUGCAGGUCAAAAGUCUGGGUUCAUUGCUAAGAAAUGCUAUCUCAAAGACAGGAGUUUUUCUUUUUGCUGAGUGAAGGUCAUUGCUUGCUUGCCUUUUUUUUUUUCUAUCUGUCCUGUAGAUAGGGUCACAUUUUUUCAUUCUUUGGAAAGGUACUAAGAGGCUUUAGCUUAACCUGAACCUAAAACUCAAAACUAUAGGCUUUAGAAGACAUACAGGUUACAAAGUUAGUCUAACCCUUUCAGCGCAUCUUUAUUUUUCUCUACAGGAGCCAAAACAAAUUUGGCAUUCUAUAAAUACUCAUCUAUGGCAAAUAUUCUUUACCAUUGUGUAACCAUGGCAGUUUCCUUAUGACUAACUGUAACUGGCUGUGGGAGAACUUAUGGCCAGAAUUUGUAUAGAUUUUGUGUCAUUCACUCAACAUUUAGAACUUUGAUUAAGCAAAUAUGUUAUCACAACUAAUUAAGUAUUUGAAAGCCUACUCUGGUGUAUUUGUUUGAACUGUUGAUACACAGAUAGAAAUUUCUUUUGAUCUAUUUUGCCCUUCAGAAAAAAAAAAAAAGACAGAUUCUAUAUUCUCUGAGGUAAAGACACCUGUAGUCCCAACACUCAGAGAGGCAGAGGAAGGUGGAUCUCUGUGAGUUGGAGGCCAGCCUGGUCUACAAAGUGAGUUCCAGGCCAGCCAAGGCUCCAUAGCAAGACCCUGUUUCAAAAAUAACAGUAAAAAGAAUAUGACAAUAGUAAAGAAAUACGGGUGAGUUGUUUUUAGGUAUCUUGUAGGAUGUUUGUGAUGGCUAUUCUUGGUUGUCAACUUGACCAUAUCCGGAAUAAACUAUAAUCCAGAAAUGGAGGGCACACCUAUGAUACGGAUCUUGAGGCUGGAAGGUACAAGCUCUUGAACCAGACCUUGAGGUGGGAAGACACACACUUUUAAUCCAGAUCAAUGCAUGCUUUUAAUCUAGAUCUUGAGGCACACCUUUAAUCUAGGCCAUGCCUUCUGCUGGAGGCCUACAUAAGGACAAUGGAAGAAGGAAGGGCUCAUGCAUUCUUCACAUGCUUCCACUAACUUUGCCAGCACAUCCAUUGGAGCCUACUUCUUUGGGAUUAAAGUUUAUACAGAAAUGCAGCAGAAACACCUGGCCUCAUGACACUGAGCAAUUACUAAAUUCUUGGUGGACUUUCCAUUCACAGCUGACCAUUGUUGAGUUAGUUGGACUGCAACCUGUAAGUCAUUCCAAUAAAUAUUCAUUCCAUAAGUUCUGUGAGUCUAGAGAACUCUUGACUAAUAAAAUGUUUAACUUUG